CUCCAUAAUCCUAUCUUAUCCAGCAUCGCAGAUUACCACGUUCACACACUUAUCAAAUCCUCAAUCUCACACACACCCAUACACACAAUCCAUGGCUUCUGGUUGUGUAAGGCAACUUUUCAACCCGACCCGUGCUGGUUCGCAAUUGCAAUUCUUUUUACCACAGUUGGUUCCUCAUCGCUCAUUUGUAUUCAUCAGUUGGGAUAACCGCCGGUCUUCUAAACUGCCUGAAUUGUGCCAACACCACCGGAAUCUGACGGCUGUUUCCAAGGCGUUGUCGGAAACCGACGGCAUUACUCAGGCCGAUGAUGACGACGGAGUCUCUCUUGGAACCAUGAAGCUACCAUUGGAUACUGAUAUUCCCAGAUUCGAGACUCUGCUCUUUCAGUGGGCAAACAGUCUUUGCCAAGGAGCUAAUCUGCCACUUCCUACGCCUUUGAAGGUUGAUAAAAUUCCAAAUGGAGCUAGACUGGGUUUCAUUACGAUUGGGGAUGGAAUGACCGAAGUCCUUGUGUACAUUGAUUGCUUAGUUUUUCCAGCUCCUGAUGGCACUGGACCAAUUUUCCGUGCUGUGAGAAAUGGACCAUUGAAAGAUCAGUCACCUCCAGGAGAACCAAGGAUCAUGAGAAGCCUUCUGGGUGCACUAAAAAAGUCGGUCGAAAUAGCUAGAAUUUAAACUGAGUUAUUGAAUUGUAAUACUGUAGUUUUUGUUUCCCUAUCCAAAUCCUGGAACAGUGUACUAAUUUGUGUUCAUAUACCUAUAGAUGAAACAGUUAUCUUAUAUGAUUUUGUUAGAUUUCAA